CAAGAACGUCGUCACCAGAAAGAUAUGGCUAACCUGAACCAACAAUUGACCGCUAUCAAUAAUAAUAUGACUGAACAGAAAGUAACCAUCAGCGGCAUUCCUAGAAUUGUUGCCAUGCUAGAAAAUAUGGAAAGAUGUGGAUUAUUUAAUCAGCAAAAUCAGGAUGACGCCAAUGCAUACGGCGAAAAUAACUACUCUUAUCCCCAUCAUGAUUUUGAUGGUUCUAAUAGUGGUUACGAAUCAUCCAAUACGGUCGAAACACGUAACAUCUUCCCCGAUCCUGAUUACACCCCAUCACAACCUACAGAUAUAAUUUCUGAUUAUAAACAAAUAAUUUUCGCUACACACAAUAUACAAGGAGGUUUCCAAUCAAAAAAAGACAAGAUCAUUGAAUUAAUGGUUGUUAACAAGAUUGAUUUCUUACAUGUUUGUGAAACUAACGAACGAGAUAACAAUUUUGACAUCAGCAAAUCGAAAGCACAUUUAAAAUAUCAGGUCCCUUUUAAUAAUAAUUUUAGUAAAUUCUUUUUUAUUAUCAACAAUCCCGACAAAGAAAAACGUGGUAGCGGAUCUAGACUAAUCAUCAGUGAACAACUACAUAAUCAUUUGGAAAGUACCAUUAUUCAAACACAAGGACGUUACAUUUCUACAACUUUUAAUUUUAAAAACAAAACAAAGAUUUAUACACAUUCCAUUUAUUUACCUGAAUGUAAUCAUGCACAUAAAGAAACAUAUAUUGAUAUUAUCAAUAAUCUUUUUGAGAAAUUAAAUCAACAGCCAAACAAAACAAAUCACGUGACCCUAAUAUUAGGAGAUUUCAACAUCAAUAACCUAAAUAAUAACACCUCUUCUUCGCGUGGCAAAAACAAAAUUGAUGAUUACUCAAAAAGCUAUAUCCUUAACAAUAUACAUAGGGCCAUGGAAUUAAUUCUUCAGAAAUUUGACAUGGUUCAUAUAGGAGAAAAAUUUGGUCAUAAAAUUACGCCUACUCAUUAUUCUAAUGAUGCAUCAAAAAUACCUUCAAGGAUUGAUUAUAUCUUUGGUUCCAAAAAUUUAUGUAACAAAGUUACAGAAUUUAAUAUUUUUAAUACUAAUACUAGUUAUUAUUCUUCAGACCAUAGAUUGCUUCUUACAAGUAUUGAUCAUCCUAACGCUAACUUAUCCAAAAACCAAAAAUAUUAUAAUUUAUCACGUGACUUACCGUCCCACGAACAACAAUAUAAAAUAAAGGACAUGGAUGUGGAUCAAUGGAAUACUUUUCAGAUAGAAAUUAAUAAAAACGCUUAUCCAACUUAUGAAGAUUAUUCAAAAGAUACUUCCAUCUCUUUCCGUUCAUCUCAAAAUUUCAUCAAUGAACGUAUGAAAAGAAUCUUAAAAGAUAUAGAAGAGGCCUUAAACUUAGCUGAUGUUCAAAAAUACAAAUGUGGAGCCCCUAAAAGAAAUAUCCUUCCGUUACACAUCAGACGUCAAUUCAAUCAACUAUAUCAACUUGCAUCUCUAAAAAGAUAUCUACGCGACAAAGUAUCUAUAAUUGAAAAUAGGAAUAACUUUAUAAACGUUAACAACACACUUAAUCAAAAUGAGAGCGAUAAUAUUGAUCUCAAAGAAAUACUUGAAAUUUUCGAUAAACAUUGGAAAUAUAAAAGAAAGUGGUUAUCGAAAUUAUUGCAAUUUAAUAACAUUGUUCCCAUUCAACCUCUUCCUUUAAUUUUGGACACGGUAGUAGAGCUUGAAAGAAUUCUAUCCUUUAUUAAUCAAUUAGAAACGGCGAUUAAUAAACAAUUGCUUUUGGAUCGUUCAGCAUAG